CGCCUGUUUUGCUAUUUUUAAUAACUUAUUAUAAAAUGAUUUAGUAGAAUGAAUAUUCGUUUAGUUUUUAAAAGGAAUUGCUAACACUUGAAUUGUUCGUACAUAUUUUAAACAGAAAAUGAACGUGUUUGAGGCAAAAGUAUGUUCUGUGGUUGUUUUGGGGUCGAGUAGUAUGUUGAUGGGAAUGUUACCCGCGUGGUUUUCGACUACAGCGUUCCACCAGCGACCCCUUUUAUUUUCUUCUCUCUUAUGCUUCGGUAGUGGUGUUUUACUGGCGACAUCUUUCAUUCAUAUGUUGUCUGAAUUUAGACAGUCAUUUGAAAAAUAUUCCGGUUAUGUGGAAUUAAUAUUUUGCGGAGGAUUUUUCUUCAUAUUUCUUAUUGACGAAAUUCUUCAUUUUUUUAUUGGUGGUGCAAAUCACGAUCAUGCGCACUCAUCAGCUCGUGAAAGUACUGUUAUUGCGCCUCCUUUGGACCAAAACAUUCGGUUAGAUCCUCGCUAUGGUACAAUUGAAGUUGACCCUCUGUUAAGAGGCAGACAACCACCAUACAAUCCAAAUUUUGUCGAUAACACGUGGGAUGAAAUACCUUCGCAAUUGUGUCACGUUACUCACAAGGAACCUUGUGCAGUAACUCCAGUCGGUUAUUUAAGUUUAUUAGUUGCUUUAGCAGUUCACGCCCUUUUGGAGGGACUUCCCAUUGGGUUACAGAACUCUACGUCGAAGGCAAGUUUUCUUAAAUUAACGUUAAGUAUUUUAGAGUUUUUAAUGAAUUAUUAUUUCUUUUCUUAUGUUAGCUUAAAUAUUUGUAUACUUUUUUAGAUAAUUUUUAUUUAG